AUGUCUCUUCAGCAGAGCAAGCCUUACCUCGUCGACGGCAAGGGUCACCUCCUUGGCCGUCUUGCUUCGGUCCUCGCCAAGCAGAUCCUCUCCGGCCAGAAGGUCACCGUCGUUCGAUGCGAGCUCAUCAACGUUUCGGGCUCCUUCUUCCGCAACAAGCUGCGCUACCACGCGUACCUCAACAAGAGGCACCUGGUCAACCCGACCAAGUCCGGCCCCUUCCACGAGCGUGCCCCUUCGCGCAUCCUCUACAAGGCCGUCCGCGGAAUGGUCCCCCACAAGACUGCACGCGGUGCCGCCGCUCUGCAGCGCCUGAAGCUGUACGAGGGCAUGCCGCCGCCGUACGAGCGCCAGAAGAAGAUGGUCAUCCCCGCCGCUCUCCGGGUCCUCCGACUCAAGCCCGGCCGCAAGUACGCCACCAUCAAGAGGAUCUCGCACGAGGUCGGCUGGAGCCACCAGGCCACCGUCGACAAGCUCGAGGCCAAGAGGAAGGUCAAGCAGCAGGCCUACUACGAGCGCAAGGUCGCCGCCAACAAGGCGCGCGCCGCUGCCCUCACCGCCAAGGCCGACCAGGUCAAGGACGUCAACGCCAAGCUCCAGGCCCUUGGCCACUAA